CACAGUCGAGGGGGCGCGGGCGCAGCUGGCAGCUGGGGCUGGGCGCCCCGGCCGGAUGCGGUGUAAGGCAAGCGGCGGCGGCUGUGGAGAUGAGUGCCUCUGCGGCCACGGGGGUCUUCGUACUGUCCCUCUCGGCCAUUCCGGUCACCUACGUCUUCAACCACCUGGCUGCCCAGCACGAUUCCUGGACUAUUGUAGGGGGUGCUGCCCUCAUCCUGCUCCUGGUCGCCCUGCUGGCUCGCGUCCUUGUCAAAAGAAAACCGCCCCGGGACCCACUGUUCUAUGUUUAUGCCGUCUUUGGAUUUACCAGCGUGGUGAACCUCAUCAUAGGCCUGGAACAGGAUGGAAUCAUUGAUGGCUUCAUGAUGCACUACCUGAGAGAGGCUGAGCCGUAUCUGAACACUGCACACGGGCACAUGAUCUGCUACUGGGAUGGGUCAGCUCACUACCUGAUGUACCUGGUGAUGGUGGCGGCCAUUGCAUGGGAGGAAAGUUAUCGAACCAUUGGCCUAUAUUGGGUCGGAUCUAUUAUUAUGAGCAUUAUUGUUUUUCUGCCUGGAAACAUUGUGGGAAAGUAUGGAACACGAAUUUGCCCUGCUUUUUUCUUAAGCAUAUUAUACACUUGUCUUCCUGUCUGGGCUGGUUUCAGAAUCUAUAAUCAGCCCUCCGAAAAUUAUAAUUAUCCCUCAAAGGUCAUUCAAGAAGCCCAAGCAAAGGAGCUGCUGAGAAGACCGUUUGAUUUAAUGUUGGUUGCGUGUCUCCUCCUGGCAACUGCCUUUUGCCUGUUUAGAGGCUUGAUUGCUUUGGACUGCCCAGCUGAGCUCUGCCGAUUAUAUACACAAUUUCAAGAGCCCUACCUAAAGGAUCCUGCUGCUUAUCCUAAAAUUCAGAUGCUGGCGUAUAUGUUCUAUUCUAUCCCUUACUUUGUGAUUGCGAUUUAUGGCUUACUGGUUCCUGGGUGUUCCUGGAUGCCAGAUGUAACCCUGAUACAUGCCGGAGGUCUAGCUCAGGCUCAGUUUUCCCACAUUGGUGCUUCUCUUCAUGCUAGAACUGCUUAUGUCUACAGAGUCCCUGAAGAAGCGAAAAUCUUUUUUUUAGUAUUAAACGUAGCAUACGGAAUUCUUCCUCAGCUUUUGGCCUAUCGGUGUAUCUACAAACCAGAGUUCUUCAUAAAAACAAAGGCAGAUGAAAAAGUUGAAUGAAAACAUUACUUCAUGUUCUUUCUCUCUAAAUUACUGACUUGUGAUACUGGUACUGCUAUUUUGUCCCGUUUUACUUCCUUCCUGUAUCUGUACACCUAAGAAUACAGAAAUUCUUGCUCUGCACUGUAUGUGUGAGCUAUAAUUUGGUAUUGUGUAGAUAAAUUUUUGUCCUUUUCUGAAGGAAAACUGAAGUUGUUGAGAGUUUCUUAAAUAUAUUGUAAAUUAUUUAUAAAUAAACCUGACCAUCUAUCUCAAUACUGUUUGUACACAUUAAGUAAUUGUUAGCAUGAAACAUUACAAUUUAGCUCCUACAAUAGUGGGCAUGAAGAUGAAAUUAUUCAAAAGUGAACAGGGUCUAUGCAUAUUUAAAAAUUCAAAAUAGCAAAUGCAGAUUGGAAAAUUUUUACAUAUAAGUUGCAUAUGGUUCACUGUCAACCUCAAUAUAAAAAGGCAGAUCAUCAAAAUAUUUUUAAAUGUUGUUUGAAAAGUGUUUUCCCAAGGAAAGUGUAUUAUUUAAUGCUGUUUUGAAAAUCACUUUUACUAAAUUUUUGUGAAUUUAAAUAGCUAAAGAAGGAUUGAUAACUAUCAUUACCCUUAAUGAAUACUUGUUUUAUUGGUGACAAUAUUUCUAUUGUAUUUCUGUGCAUAUUUUUAAUAAAAUUAUUUUUGGCCUUUUAUGUAGACA